GCGGCCAAUUUGCUUUCUUUAAUUGGCUAUAUAUCCCUGUCGUGACGCCACUGGAGGCUUGUUACACUCAAAGAGAUAAUGGCUAAUCAUACACUUCUCGAUAAUCUGCACCUCUUCUAUGAUACUGGCGCCCGACUCCUAAUCUGCACCAGAGACAGCUGUCAAUUCGCACUUUCCAAUGGCCCAUCCCGCGUAACAACAUAUCUCCGCGACAAGCAUAACGUUUCCACCGAAGCAAGAAAAGGGCUAAGUCAGCUUCUUAAAUCUCUAUCCCCCAGGCCGCUAGACCCUGAUAGUGCAUCAACUUUGGCCGAUGGAACGGCCGAACACGAUAAGCUACGAGUCUAUGAAGGCUUCGCUUGUAUUAACUGCCAGUUUCGUACCAUAAACAUCCAGUCAAUACGGCGCCACCAGUCCAACCCACCGGAUGAUUGUGGAUCUAAAGCCAGCCCCAGUCGCUCCAGUCGCCGUCGCGACCUUGACCAGCAGUUUGAGUGUGUCUACCUGCAGACAUGGACCACUGGGUCAACACGGAGAUACUGGAUCAUCAACAGAGGUGGAAGUAUGAUCCGGCAGGUAGAUAGCCCUGCAGUACAGGCUCACCUGCGCAGUGUGCCGACACGGGAGUUCAACCGAGGAAAACUUCCCAACGAGAUGACGGCGGCGCCUCCAGUCGCACCGGCCGACACGACGGCAUUUGCAUUACAGACGCCUUGGCUGGAACGAACCGGCUGGGACCGAACGUAUAGCAAUAAAGACCGCCGUGAAGUACUUACAGCCCUAACACGUACCUUCACAUCUCCAGGCAGACGGGAACAUUAUAUCGGACACGGCCAACUAUACGGUCUUGACGAAGACCUCGUGAGCCCAGGUGAGGAUGAGGAUAGGAUUGCCUGCCUUGUUCGUCUGGUAGAUGUGAUGAUAUGCCGGUGCGAGGAGACAGCGAGGAAGACAAGCCGACACACGCUCUGCUGGCUCAGAAGCACAAAAGCGUCGUCAAUCUAUAGCAAGCCUUUCACCCUCGUGCAACCAUCAUCGUCGACCAAGUACCGGCUCUUAUUGAAGCGAUGUCUGGCAAUGGUCCUACGCAUCUAUCGGCUUCCCCCUGACAAGCGCUUUCAGGUAACGGGCCUGGCGCUGACUAGGAAGCAGUUACAGUUCCUAGAUGCUAUCUGGACCCAUGAGGCCCUCGGAGGCUUGGCUACCCUAGAGGAGCUCGCAGGGAGGUACCUACUGUGCUUCAGAUCCCGCUGACGGGAUGACCUCUUGAAAGUAAAUGCGCCUUUGUGCCGAUGAUAUGCUGGAUGAACUAGAUGGGAGACGCUGCUGGA